GCCGCCGGUGGGUGCUGCUGGGUGCUGUCCCACGCGCUGCUCUGCGCCGUCUGCCUGCUCUGCGCUCUCCGGGCCCGCCAGUGCACCAACGGGCACCUGAUGUGCGCCGGCUGCUUCAUCCACCUCCUGGCAGACGCUCGGCUGAAGGAGGAACAAGCGACUUGCCCAAACUGCCGCUGCGAGAUCAGUAAGAGCCUGUGCUGUCGAAACCUGGCUGUGGAAAAAGCCGUCAGUGAGCUGCCCUCCGAGUGUGGCUUCUGCAUGCAGCAAUUCCCCCGAUCCCUCCUGGAGAGGCACCAGAAAGAGGAGUGCCAGGACAGGGUGACCCAGUGCAAAUACAAGCGGAUCGGGUGCCCGUGGCAGGGUCCCUACCACGAGCUGACGGUGCACGAAGCCGAAUGCACCCACCCCACCAAAACCGGCAACGAGCUGAUGGAGAUUUUAGACGAAAUGGACCAAACGAGGAAAAAAGAAAUGCAGCUAUAUAACAGCAUCUUCAGCCUGCUCAGCUUCGAGAAGAUCGGCUACACAGAGGUGCAGUUCCGCCCUUACCGCACCGACGACUUCAUCACCCGGCUGUACUACGAGACGCCGCGCCUGACCGUCCUCAACCAGACGUGGGUGCUGAAGGCGCGGGGGAACGACUCGGAGCGGAACCCCAACCUCUCCUGCAAGCGCACCCUCUCCUUCCAGCUCAUCCUGAAAAGCAAAAUCAAUUCCCCCAUGGAAUGCUCCUUCCUCCUCCUGGAGGGCCCCUACGACGACGUCAAGAUCCACCCCGUCAUCUACCAUUUCGUCUUCAGCAACGAGAACAACGAGACGGAUUACAUGGCGCUGCCCAUCGUCGAUUCGGUGGAGUGUAACAAACUGCUGGCGGCUAAGAACAUCAACCUGCGGCUUUUUAUAUUUCAGAUCCAAAAAUAAAGACUGGAGAACACCCAACCGUCGGACCC